AUGGGGUAUCGCAGAGGGGUCCGGAUCACUUGGCCGACAAUCACUUUGCCGACACCACUUUGCCGACAUGUACACUUUGCCGACAGGUACUUUUUCUCGAUAUCUACACUUUGCCGACCACUCAUUUUGCUGACAAAAAAUUGAAGUCCAAAAAACUGUGUAUGCGCGUUUGGCUUGCUGAGUAAGUACUCAUAGCCAGUCUCACUGCGCCGCGCGGGGGGGGGGGGGGGGGGGGGGGGGGGG